AUGAACGCGCGAAACCGAACGAUGCACAGGGAAUGGACGUCCGAGCGAUGGCAAGAGGCGGCGCAGAGCGGCUGGGCGCUGCCGUCCGACGCGGAGUGCGUCCGCAUGCUGCUGCGGGAGGGCUACGUCGACGCCUUCCGGGCGGCCCACCCGGGCGACGGAAGGGCUCUGGAGGCAGGGGCCGCCAAGUUCACCGCGCACGUGGGGCAUCCCAUGUACCGCAUCGACUACGCCUUCAUUAGCCGCGGCGCGGCGGGCGCCGGACUCCGGCUGCUCGGCGCGGCUGUCGACGGGUCUGCAGUCGGCAGCGACCACUUCCCGCUGGUGGUGGACCUGGAGUGGGCCAGCUCCGACGGGGCCCGCCCAAGGCUGUGA